AUGCACAAAUGACAGAGAUACUUUACAGCUGGCCAGGCGUGUUUUAUGUAACGUUAACAAUUUCUUUUAUUAUCUCUAAUGUCAUUUCAGAGACAGGAAACAUUUUAACCAUCUACCAGCGUAGAGUUCAUUUUAUUACCGUUGAUGGGAAGUGCUGCAGCGUUAUUUACUGACGGCUGCUGCAACGCGCUUUGUCCCUCUGUGCUCGCCGUGAGCAGCUGAUUUGCAGGUGAGAGGUCUAGCCACUGCAGCAGACAAGAUGGAUGUCAACCAGGCAAAACAAGAGCAUCUUCUGGCAUUAAAAGUUAUGCGGCUGACCAAACCUACACUUUUUACAAAUAUGCCAGUAACCUGUGAGGACAGAGAUCUUCCAGGUGAUUUGUUUUUACGACUCAUGAAAGAUGAUCCAUCCACUGUAAAGGGGGCAGAAACACUAAUCCUUGGGGAGAUGCUCACACUGCCACAGAACUUUGGAAAUAUUUUCCUUGGCGAGACCUUCUCCAGUUACAUCAGUGUGCACAACGACAGCAGUCAAGUGGUCAAAGACAUCCUGGUGAAGGCGGACCUGCAGACGAGCUCUCAGAGGUUAAAUUUGUCGGCGUCAAACUCCGCCGUUUCAGAGCUCAAGCCCGAGUGCUGCAUUGAUGAUGUCAUCCAUCAUGAAGUCAAGGAGAUUGGGACACAUAUCUUAGUCUGCGCAGUCAGUUACACCACUCAGACCGGCGAGAAGCUUUACUUUAGAAAGUUCUUCAAAUUUCAGGUUCUCAAGCCUCUAGAUGUAAAAACCAAAUUCUACAAUGCCGAGAGUGACCUCAGUUCUGUGACAGAUGAGGUGUUUUUAGAGGCGCAGAUCCAGAACAUCACCACAUCUCCAAUGUUCAUGGAAAAAGUGUCCCUUGAACCUUCUAUGAUGUACAACGUCACUGAGCUCAACAAUGUGGCGUCUGGAGAUGAGAGCAGCGAGUCAACAUUUGGGAAGAUGUCGUAUCUGCAGCCCUUGGACACGAGGCAGUAUUUGUACUGUUUGAAGCCCAAGCCAGAGUUUGCAGAGAAGGCCGGGGUCAUCAAAGGAGUCACGGUCAUCGGCAAACUAGACAUUGUGUGGAAAACCAACCUUGGGGAGAGAGGACGACUGCAGACCAGUCAACUGCAGAGAAUGGCUCCUGGUUAUGGGGACGUCAGGCUUUCUCUGGAGUUCAUCCCAGACACAGUGGAUCUAGAGGAGCCCUUCGACAUCACCUGUAAAAUCACCAACUGCAGUGAGCGGACCAUGGAUCUGCUGCUGGAGAUGUGUAACACUCGCUCCGUCCACUGGUGUGGGGUGUCCGGCAGACAGCUGGGCAAACUGAGCCCCAGCGCAUCGCUCUCCAUUCCACUCAAACUACUGUCGUCCGUUCAGGGUUUACAGAGCAUAUCCGGCCUGAGGCUCACAGACACCUUCCUGAAAAGAACGUAUGAAUAUGACGACAUUGCCCAGGUCUGUGUGGUGUGUCCUUACACCAGUCCAGAAAGCUGAACACAAUCCCUGUCAUAUUUUACACUGUCUGUUUCAAUGGACCAAACCCCCGUCAGUCCUGCACCUAUUAAUAGAACACCAUCUGCUCUUUACCUUAAGCUUGAUGUUUUAAAAUGAUCAUUUUUAAAGCCCUUAAUGCUUUUAACUGUCUAUCAAUGUAAAUAAAAGUAAAAUAAACGAAAGAUGUUUAAGCAUUUGAUUUUAAAGUGGGUUUGGAGAUAUUUCUGGCGAGUAAAACAAAAUAACAUAAUAUUUCAGGACAACCAAAGACUUCAAGACACAUUUAUUAACAUUGUUCUUUUUUUGUUGUUGUUGUUGUUGUUGUUGUUGUUGACAAAAACAUUAUACUGCUCUGUUUUAUUAGCAUAUAACAUAAGCUUCAGUCACUCACCUGACUGCAAAUAUCAGAUUAUGGAGCAUGCAAAUAAAAAUGCAAACA